UAAGGACGGAUACAAUUGGUGUUCCUAGGGCUUUUUUUUCUUCAGCAAGUGUAGAACUGUAGCAGCGGCCGCCAUGGUUUUGAAGACCGAAUUAUGCCGUUUCAGUGGCCAGAAGAUAUAUCCUGGAAGGGGUAUCAGAUUCAUUAGAUCAGACUCUCAGGUCUUCCUUUUUGCCAAUUCCAAAUGCAAAAGGUACUUCCAUAACAAGUUGAAGCCUUCCAAGCUCACAUGGACAGCCAUGUACAGAAAGCAACACAAGAAGGACAUUGCUCAGGAAGCAGUGAAGAAGAGAAGACGUGCAACCAAGAAGCCAUAUUCAAGAGCCAUUGUGGGGGCGACUUUGGAAGUUAUUCAGAAGAAAAGAAGUGAGAAGCCUGAAGUUCGUGAUGCUGCUAGGGAGGCAGCUCUUCGUGAGAUAAAGGAAAGGAUUAAGAAGACAAAAGAUGAGAAGAAAGCAAAGAAAGCAGAGGUGGUGUCAAAACAAAAGACUCAAAGCAAGGGUGGCAGUGCCCCUAAAGGUGAGGAUGCCAACUUGCCAAGGGGUUGGCAAAAGAAAGAACUAGCUAGGGAAGGUUCUCUAGGGACAUGUCGGACCCUUAAUGAUGGUUCCUGCAUGAAGAUUAGCAACGAGGAAGUCAUGAUGACGCUGAGAAUGAUGAGGGGGCAAUAG